GUUUCCGCCUGGAAGAAACCUUCUACGAGCAUCUGAAAGCUGAUAACAACAAGAUGUUUUUGGCCAGGGGCUCGAUACGUGAAAACCACUUUAGGGGACUGCUUCAAAAUGUUCAGUUAAUCUUUGACACUCCGGUUGAAGACAUCUUGAAAAGGAAAGGUUGUCAACUCGGUCACACAGGUGACAAUACCAUCAGUGAAAAAACAGAAAUUAUCCAUCUAUCCCCCCUCACUGAAUAUGUUGGGAAGAAAGAAGACAGACAGAUAGACUUCUGUGACAGAUCUUGUGAUGAGUUAAGCACUAUGUUUACCGAACUCUCUGGACUGCGUGUUGUUGUCAAUAACCUGCUUGACAACCUUCAAAAAGUGUCUGAAGAAAACCAG